CGUCAACACAAUAUAGUUUCUGGGGUAAACACAGUGCCUAGGACAUUUCGGAGGGGUUAUUUUUACGUAAAUCCUCAGUUUUGUUCAAUUAUGUGUUCUGUUUCGGAACUAUGUUAGUUUAGCGGUGUAAUGUGGGACAAAGGCCGGGCUAGUCAGACCGCUUACGGCUAUUGGCUGCUAACUUACACGCAGCAUGUAAACCGCCGCUAUUAAUCCAAGCCGCGGUGCGUAGACCUUGAAAGCAAAUUGUUUUGUUAUUUUUUAUUUCAUUCAGCCAAAGUAAAACCAGGAAGAGAACAUUGUGUUCUAACUUGGACCGACGACCUUCGACCCUCCCCGUCAACGCGCGGCAUGUUCCCGUUAGACUCGCCAUGGAACAUCUCGUUCGCAGGUUGCGGCUUCCUGGGCAUCUACCAUGUCGGCGUCGCCAGCUGUCUGCUGGAGCAGGCGCCUUUCCUGGUGCACAACGCCAAGCACAUCUACGGAGCCUCCGCCGGAGCCCUCACCGCCACCGCUCUGGUCUCCGGCGUGUGUCUUGGAGAGGCUGGUGCCAGCAUCAUCGAGGUUGCCAAGGAAGCAAGAAAGCGAUUCCUUGGACCCAUGCACCCUUCCUUCAACCUGGUGAAGAUCGUACGCUUCAUGUUGCGGCGCACACUGCCAGUGGACUCUCACCAUCUCGCCAACGGGAGGCUGGGAAUCUCUCUGACCAGAGUAACGGACGGAGAAAAUGUCUUGGUGUCUCACUUCAACAACAAGGAGGAGAUUGUGCAGGCAUGUGUUUGCAGUGCCUACAUUCCAGUGUAUUGUGGCCUUAUUCCUCCCACACUGCAAGGCGUGCGGUACGUCGACGGAGGUAUCUCUGACAACUUGCCUCACUACGAACUGAAAAACACCAUCACCGUGUCCCCGUUCUCUGGAGAGAGCGACAUCUGCCCGCGAGACACUUCCACCAAUAUACACGAGCUCCGCUUCACCAACACCAGCAUCCAGUUCACUCUCACCAACCUUUACAGAAUUUCCCGGGCACUUUUUCCACCAGAUCCAAUGGUUAUGAAAGCCAUGUGUAAACAAGGAUAUAAUGACGCUCUGCACUUCCUAAAGAAGAAUGGAUUGCUCCAUUUCAACGGCCCCCACAUAGACAGAGCUCUGCACGCUAACAGGGAAGAGUACGAGGAGCAAAUUGAUUGUGCUCAUGGUGAUGCCAGAGGUGUUGGAGAAGAGGAAAAGCUAAAUAUGGAGGAGGUCGGAGGAGCAGUGACCGUUCAUCCCUCGAUAGAGGAGCAGAUCAUUGUUCACCUUCCAGCUACACUGCACAAAGCCCUGAUUGAGGCCUGCACAGAAAGAAGAAGUCUGGCGCAGUCGCUAAGCAACCUGUUUCCUGUCAGGAUGGCAUCUGCCAUGAUGCUCCCCUACACUCUCCCCCUGGAGUCCGCUUUGUCCUUGACUCUCAGGCUUUUGGAGUGGCUGCCAGAUGUGCAGGAAGACGUCAGCUGGAUUCGAGAGCAGUUACUGAAAGUCCUUCAUCAUGUUCUGCGUCAGGCCUCCAAAAGCAUUACCCAGCAUGUUUAUGCCCGAUUUUCCUGUCAGCUGGAGCUGUACCACUACCAAUCCCUCCCUUCCCAGUUUUGCUCCACCAGCCUGCUUGCCACCUGGAUGGGCAGCGGCAGCCUUUCAGUCCAGGACAUCUUCACGCGUCUAGACCAGUACAAGAGACAGCUGCUCUCCGGUGCAUUUUGCAUCAAUAUGGAUCUAAAAGGGUCCUUCAAAGCCGGGCCCAUGCUAACAGAUGACUCCUCUGCUUUGUUCCUCCCCGCAGAAAGCUUCCCGUUGCACAAAGAUGGUCUUAACGUUCCGUCCGCUGCUGACUCUAAAGCCGCUAUGCAGCACUGCGACUCAGACUUACCUCUUUUAAAUCCAGGAGCAGAGGAAACAAGUUACUAUCAGUUUUAAAUAUGCGUUCAAAAAGCUGAUAGGUAUAGUUUUUGUUGUGUUGGGGGCUAAUUGUAAAUGUAUUAAUUUACCACUGCAUACAAUUAUGUUUGAUAACGCAUACAUUUCAAAUAAGCCCGUAGUUGCUCAGAAAACCCCAUAGAUGUAGCAUUUCUGAAGGUUAGGCAGGUGUGUAUAGUCAUGCAAAUUAGAAUAGUAAACAAACAUGAACUCUUGAAGAAGGUUAGUGUUUAUGUUUUCGUGGAAUGUGGUUAAACUUGUACUUAACCAUACGAAGGGGUUGGAGUUUGGCCUCGUGCAUGACAAUAUAUAGUAUAUGGACAAGUGAAUGAUGUCAAAGGUUGUAGUACUAAAGAGAAACCGUGUAGGAAGGAAACGCUGAACUUAGCCAAUUGCAGGUAGUUACGCCAUAUGUUUUAAGCAAGUGCCAACGAAGUAUUAUGAACAUAAUACUGUAUUUUGUCUCAGGUGUGUGUACUGUGUGUGUUUGUGUUUUAUAUACAUGCAUUGUUAGAUGUAAAUAUAAAACGGAAUACAAUGAUUUGCAAAUCAUUGUAUUCCGUUUUAUAUUUACAUCUAACACAAUUUCCCAACUCAUAUGGAAACGGGGGUUUGUAUAUACACUACCGUUCAAAAGUUUGGGGUCACAUUAAAAUGUCCUUAUUUUGAAGGAAAAGCACUGUACUUUUCAAUGAAGAUAACUUUAAACUAGUCUUAACUUUAAAGAAAUACACUCUAUACAUUGCUAAUGUGGUAAAUGACUAUUCUAGCUGCAAAUGUCUGCUUUUUGGUGCAAUAUCUACAUAGGUGUAUAGAGGCCCAUUUCCAGCAACUAUCACUCCAGUGUUCUAAUGGUACAGUGUGUUUGCUCAUUGGCUCAGAAGGCUAAUUGAUGAUUAGAAAACCCUUGUGCAAUCAUGUUCACACAUCUGAAAACACUUCAGCUCGUUACAGAAGCUACAAAACUGACCUUCCUUUGAGCAGAUUGAGUUUCUGGAGCAUCACAUUUGUGGGGUCAAUUAAACGCUCAAAAUGGCCAGAAAAAGAGAACUUUCAUCUGAAACUCGACAGUCUAUUCUUGUUCUUAGAAAUGAUGGCUAUUCCACUAAAUUGUUUGGGUGACCCCAAACUUUUGAACGGUAGUGUACAUAUAUAUAUAUAUAUAUAUAUAUUAAUCAUGUUUCCCCUUCAUCUUCAUUACAGCUUUUAAAAACAUGGUUGUUAUGGUAUCUGUUGAUUACAGUAUCCUUUUUAAACCAAUAUGUUUAAUGCAAUAAGAACUUGUUUAACCAAAGAAUCAGCCUGUCUAUUAUGAAUUGGAAUGAUUCACUGGUAUGUACAGUGACAGAUAAUCUACAUCUAUGGUCUUAGCCUUUUUACUUCACAUUAUGAGACACUGCAACUGUGUGACUGAGCCUAAAGUGCCUUAAACUUCAAAUGUUGUAAUUAAAUGUCAAUGCUUUUCAUGUGUAAUUAGACUGAAUAACAUUUUUGUGACCAACAAAAUAACUGGUGUUUGU